CCUUUCUCCUCCUCUCUCUCUCUGAUGAUGGAGGAAACUGAACUCUGCUUUCCACAACUCCUCAACAUGUCUUGCAAAAAGCACACACGUCCUUACACUGAGACAAUGAUCAUAUACAUUGUGUUUUCCUCCAUUUCUCUGUUGACUGCGUCUCUCAACCUGCUGGUCAUCAUCUCCAUCUCCCACUUCAGGCAGCUCCACACUCCCACCAACCUCCUCCUCCUCUCUCUGGCUGUUGCUGACUUCCUCGUCGGCCUCUUUGUGAUGCCAUUUCAAAUCCUCUUAACGGAACCCUGCUGGUUCCUGGGCGACCUGGUGUGUGUUCUGUUUUAUUUCUUACCCUUUAUCACUGUCUAUGCCUCAGUAGUAAACAUGGUUCUCAUAUCAGUUGACCGUUAUGUGGCUAUCUGUGACCCUCUGCGCUACCCCACCAAAAUCACUCAAAAGAGAGUUCAAGUCUUUAUUCUCCUGUGUUGGAUUUAUGCUGUUUUUUGCAACUUUAUGAUUUUAUAUGAUAACUUGAAACAACUAGGCAGGUAUAACUCCUGCUAUGGAAAAUGUGUGAUUACCAUAAAUGGAGCUGUUGACAUGGUGUUGUUCUUUAUCCUUCCCAUCACUGCCAUCAUCAUUCUGUAUAUGAGAGUGUUUGUAGUGGCUGUGUCUCAGGCCCGUGCCAUGCGCUCCCACAUUGCAGCUGUCACACUGCAGUGUUCAGUGACUGUAACUGCUAAGAAAUCAGAGAUGAAAGCAGCCAGGACUCUUGGUGUCCUUGUUGCUGUGUUUCUCAUGUGUUACUGUCCAUCUUAUUGUGUCUCUCUCUCUAACUAUGACAUCAUGAUUGGUUCUUCAAGUACGGUUGUUGUGAUUUUUCUGACAUAUCUUAACUCAUGUCUAAACCCAGUGAUCUAUGCCUUUUUCUACCCCUGGUUUAGAAAAUCAGUUAAACUCAUUGUUACACUUGAGAUACUGCAGCCU